GAUGUGGUAAAAUACUAAUUUUUUGGUAAACCAUUCUUAAUGGUCGCUUAAUGGUCGAUUGUCACAAUACUACCAUUAUUUUUCUUCAUAACCAAAGGAAGAGUCCCUCUCCUCCAGAAAGAUUUCCUUCAGCCCGACAAAGGAGGGCAAAGAAAUGAAACAGUGUACCAGCUCGAAAUCGUCUAACAAGACGGUGAGCAGGAAAGACAACGGGGCGAUGACAAUGGUCGUCGAUUCCAAAUGAUUACCUCUCCUGGGGUGUUGCAGGAGGCUCUCUCUUCAUCAUUAAUGAUGAUUAAGAUCCUCUCCUGGAACUGUAGGGAUGCCAAGCACCAUAAGUUCAAGUCUUCUCAUUAGUGGCAAAGACGCUUUAGAUGUUAUCAAAACCUUAGGGUUUGAGUCAUGGGAAAUCUCUAAUGCAGCGGGCUUCAGUGGAGGAAUCUGGGUUAUAUGGGAUAGUCAACAGAUUAACCUGGAGCUUAUUGAUUGCGGGAAGCCGCUCAUUCAUUUACGCUACUGUAGUGGAAACAAGGAAGUGGGUGUGAUCACUGUUGUUUACGCUAUCCCUAAUGAUCACGACCGAAAAGAACUUUGGCAGUAUAUCAAGAAUAUUGAAGGAAGAACUAAGGUUCCAUGGCUCCUAACUGGAGACUUCAACUCCAUCACACGGCCUUCUCAAAAGAUUGGUGGAGCUCCCUUUAACCAGGCCAAAGUUAGAGACUUCAAUGAGUGCAUCAAUGAUUGCGGACUUGUGGACAUUGGGUUCUCAGGACCCAAGUUCACAUAGUUUACCAAGCUUUCCAGAAUCAGAGAAAGACUCGAUCGGAGUCUUUGCAACCUGGAAUGGAUCCAACAGUUUCCCUCAACUUCGACACUGAAUUUGAUCAAACUCAAAUAAGAUCAUAGCCCAUCCUCACCUGUAAUGUCGAACAGCAAAGCAAGACCAAACGGGUGAGACAAUUCUAGUUAUUGGCCCCUGGCUCGCACACUCAGACUUCUUUCCUUUCCUUUCUCUUUCUUGGCAUUGUCGCUCUGAUUUCCCUUGGUCAUUGCAAGCACUGUCUGAGAAGCUUCGAGCGUGGAACAAAGAGACGUUUGGAAAUAUCUUCAAAAUAAAGAGACUCAUGUCUGAUCGCCUCCAGAAAAUUGAGAAGUUCAAUGAAACUUCCCAAAGUAGGAGCUCCCUUGAGAUGGAGCAGCCGAUCAGGGAAGAGCUUGAAGAAACUCUAUGGCAGGAGGAGAUUCUUUGGAUACAGAAGUCUGGGCUAAUUGGAUUCUGUUUGAUGACUAAAACACCAGGUUCUUUCAUACAAUACACGGACUAGAAGGAAGAGAAAUAGGAUCACUUUUCUCAAGUCGGAUGAUGGAACCUGGAUCACAGACCCGGAAGUCCUGCUUAAAAGGGCCAGAGAUUACUCUUGCAACCUGUUUAAUAGUGAUGAUUAACCAACGGACAUCCUCAUCCCCUGUCUCUUCCCUGUGAUUAGCCAGCAACAUUUCUCCAGGAUGAGUGGCCCUCCAUUUAACGAGUAGAUCAGAGCCAUCAUCAAUGAGAUGAAUGGGCUGAAGGCACCGGGGAAAGAAAGGAAUUCAAAUACAAAUUGGGGGGCGUCUUGACGGAAAAGAGAUUGCACGCGUUGAAUGGAUUAGAGAGGGUAGGGUCCCUUUACAAACCAUUCGAGCUAAAAUUGAUUAUUGUUCCUAUACAGUUAGAACUAUUUAUGGGGUAUUAGGUAUAAAAAUUUGGAUAUUUAUCGACGAGGACUAGUAAACCCUUAGUUAAUUUGUCUUUGCAUUCUAUACCUAUAUAUUGAUAGAAAAAAAUGAUAAAAUGUUUCAUUGAAUCAUAGCAAAAAAGGAGAAAUUUUAUAAGGUUGAAUAAAAAAAAUUGAUUUCUAAGUUGAUCUAAUUAUAAUUGCUAUGCUUAGUGUGUGACUCGUUAGUUUUUUAUGAAAAAAAGAGUUGACCCUUAUUAUGUUAUGAUAAUUAUGAUAUGAACUAAUAACUAGAAAACUAAUAAGCAAUUCAUCACUUCACAUUAUCCGGAUGGAAAGAAACAGCCAAGAUAUGA